GCACUUGAGCUAUAAAUAAUCAACACGCCGUCAUCUCCCAUCGAGCACAUUGUUGAGAGAAGCACAACGAUAGCGUGGAAUCAAGGAAGGGCAUCGAUGCCGGAGAAGUCCAGGGACGAACUGAUGCCUUCUGUCGCUCACUUCAUAGGCCUCCGCCUCUCCUCCUCCACCUCCUCCUCCUCCUCCACCGCUCCUUCUUCCCCGUCCUUCGCCAUGACCUCCCAGAUUCAGUCCUCCGAUUACUCUUCCUCUUCCCCCGUCACCACCACCGACGAGGCCGACAGCCCGGGACAGCCCUUCGUUAUCGGGGUUUCGGGUGGUACGGCUUCGGGAAAGACCACAGUCUGCGACAUGAUUAUCCAGCAGCUUCAUGAUCACCGGGUCGUUUGCGUUAAUCAAGACUCAUUUUACCGUGGGUUAACUGUUGAAGAAGCACAGCAUGUCCAAGACUACAAUUUUGAUCAUCCUGAUGCCUUUGAUACUGAACAACUUUUGGACUGCAUGGGGAAGCUCAAAAGUGGGCUUUCUGUUAAUGUACCAAUAUAUGAUUUUAAGAAGCAUCAACGUUCCUCUGAAGAAUUCAGGAAGGUAAAUGCAGCUGAUGUUAUUAUUUUAGAGGGCAUCCUAGUUUUCCAUGAUGCUCAAGUCCGUGACUUGAUGGACAUGAAGAUUUUCGUUGAUACAGAUGCUGAUUUAAGGCUUGCACGACGAAUAAGGCGUGAUACAGUUGAGAGAGGUAGAGACUUAAACUCGGUUCUUGAGCAGUAUGGACGGUUUGUGAAACCCGCAUUUGAUGAUUUUGUUCUCCCAUCAAAGAAAUAUGCUGAUGUGAUCAUACCACAUGGAGGUGAUAACCAUGUAGCAAUUGAUCUCAUUGUACAACACAUCAGGACAAAGCUUGGUCAGCAUGAUUUAUGUAAAAUCUAUCCCAAUGUGUUUGUCAUUCAGUCAACAUUUCAGAUACGAGGAAUGCAUACACUUAUUCGUGAUAGGGAAAUAACGACACCUGAUUUUGUCUUCUAUUCUGAUCGCGUCAUACGUCUGGUUGUGGAGCAUGGUCUUGGCCAUUUGCCAUUCACUGAGAAGCAGGUGGUCACACCAACAGGAUCUGUGUAUAUGGGAGUUGACUUUUGCAAGAAACUCUGUGGAGUGUCAAUUGUCCGAAGUGGUGAAAGUAUGGAAAAUGCAUUAAGGGCGUGUUGCAAGGGGAUAAAAAUUGGCAAGAUUCUCAUUCACCGGGUUGGAGAUGAUGGUAAACAGCUCAUUUAUGAGAAGCUACCCAAGGAUAUCUCAGAACGUCAUGUUCUACUUUUGGAUCCUGUUCUUGGCACAGGAAACUCAGCUAACCAUGCUAUUGAUCUGCUCAUUCAAAAAGGAGUUCCUGAGAACCGAAUAAUUUUCCUCAAUCUCAUCUCAGCACCCGAGGGGAUUCACUGUGUUUGUAAAAGGUUUCCUUCCGUGAAGAUAGUGACCUCAGAGAUUGAUGCAGCUCUGAAUGAGGAGUUCCGAGUGAUUCCAGGGUUGGGGGAAUUCGGUGAUCGUUAUUUUGGUACUGACAACUAACCAUCUGCCGUUAGCCACUUCUGGUGAAUGAUCAAGUGAGUAUAUAUUUGACAAUAAAUGCUAGUAACAUGUCCAAAUUGUUGAGAUUCCUAUCUGAUGUUUGAUGUUGCGAGAUUGAACUGUAAUUCCUUGGGUGUCAAAAACAUGUUCUUCAAUUGAUUUGUUGGGCCUGUUUUAGAAAA